AUGUCAAAUACUGGACUUUUACACAAUGGAGCUAGGAAUAAUUCAACAACGAUUGGCGACCGGAACAGCAAUAGCGACUUUUUUUGCUUUACUCGUGGGCGAUUCCUUUCUGAUGAGUCCCAUCAGCUUUCGCAGAGUUAUGUUCAAUUCGAAAUCGAUGAGCUUGCUCGAUUGGCUGUUGGUGCUGCAGAAAUUGCAAGUAAUGGGCCCCGAAAAUGCAUGAACAUCGAGAAAAUGCCGGACGGAAUGCACAACAAAGCUGUUCACUUUACAAUGGACAAUGGCUUCCAAGUUGUGGGCAAGGUACCUAAUCCAAAUGCUGGCCAAGCGCAUUUCACCACAGCCUCAGAAGUUGCUACUAUGGAUUUUCUGCGAAACGUUAUGAAGAUACCCAUACCUAACGUUCUGAGUUGGGGCUCUACGUCUGAAAAUCCAGUGGGAGCUGAAUACAUUCUCAUGGAGAAUGUGCGUGGUGUUCAACUGAGCAAGUUAUGGGAUCAACUUGAAGUUGAUGUGAAGUUCGAGGUACUCCGAAAUAUCGCCUUCUACCAAGAAAAGUGGUUAGAUACUUCUUUCUCGCGUUAUGGGAGUUUAUAUUACAAGAAUGAUGUCGGACUGUCAACACCAAGCGUGAAAUAUACCGACAAAACUGGAGUGACCACUGUGGAUGACCGUUUCACAAUUGGUCCAUCGGUGAGCCGGCAAAAUAAUGAUGAUGGCAGGCUUAAAAUGGAUUUUGACAGGGGUCCAUGGACUACUGCAGCAGAAUAUGAACGUGCUACGGGUCUGAGGGAGUUACAUUGUACUGGAAAUAUACCAAAACUCCCUAGGUCUCCUAUUGCCAUACACUAUUCUGGAACAUAUCGACCUUCUCGAGAGACAAAAAUUCUGGCGAUAGAAAGCUAUCUCAAAAUAUUGAAAUAUCUUCUGCCUGAGAGGUCUAUCCAGACUUCCCAUAUCUGGCACUGUGACUUGCAUGCAGAGAAUAUCUUUGUCAAUCCGAGCAACCCGUCGGAAAUCUAUGGAAUCAUUGAUUGGCAAUCUACUGAAUUGGCACCGUUAUACGAUCAUGCUAUUGAGCCCUACAUUCUUGACUACAAUGGCCCAUCUCUUGAUGGGCUGCUAGGACGCCCAAAACUCGCCGACAUCCGUUCACUUUUUCGAGGUGAUCCCGAGCCGCUAGCCGAACGCAAAACUACCUCACUAUACACUAAAAUGUCAUUAGUGUCAUCGUACAGGCACCUAGUGCACAAGAAAAUGCCACUAUUAUUCAAAACCCUUGAGUUUCGUGAAACGCUUUGCUUCCAGCUGCUUUUUUUCGCUCGAAACCUCCUUGUUGACGGUGAGGCAACAUACUUGGCACUAUUAGCAGAUCAACAGCGAAACAACUGGCAAGAUAUUCCAAAAUUGAAUCACACUAAUGAGAAGUUUCCACUUUCUUUUUCGGCAGAGAUGCUCCACCAAAUUGAAAAGGAUCAUGCAGGGGCUUCCUCUUCCAUUGAACUAAUGCGAGAGAUCCAGGAGAUGAUAGGACCCAAAUACUUCUAUGCACGCGGCAUGGUGACCCAUGAUGAAUACAAUGAGGUUCGGCAGAUUAUACCCCGAGCUAAAGCAAAAUUCAUCCGCAAAUAUGCUCGCGAUGAAGGUGAAAUCGCAGAAUUGGAGGGUGUCUGGCCAUUUGAUUGA